UUUACAAAGCAUUCCGUCAAGCUAUACACGAUGAUCAGACAAUUCCUUGAGAGCUUGGAAGAUCGUGAAAAGCCCCUUCUUGGGCCGAAUUACUGGAUUUUAAAGAAAUGUGGUUUAAUUUUACCUGACAACUUUCUCCUUAAAUAUUUAUUUUUAGUAAUACAUCUAUUCGGUAUACUCUUUAUUAUCAGCCAAUAUAUAGAAUUGUACGUAAUAAGAUCAGAUAUAGAUCUCGUGAUAUCCAACAUGAUGAUUUCUAUGUUGAGUGCAGUAUCCGUUUUGAAGGGUGAUACAUUCGUGUUCUGGCAAAAACAAUGGAGGGAACUCAUUGAUUAUGUAACAGAAGCUGAUCAAUUUGAGAGAGACAACAGUGACGCUGCAAAAGCUAAAACCAUUGAUAAAUACACAACUUAUUGUCGCAAAGUGUCGUACUGUUAUUGGGUAUUGGCAUUCGCAACUUGUUUGGCAGUUAUUGGUGCUCCUUUUAUGAAUGUUUUAUCGACCUCGUCACAGAAUGAGAUUACUCAGAAUAGAACGGAGGUAUUUUCUCACAUAAUGAGCUCAUGGAUGCCGUUGGACAAAUAUAGUUCCCCAGGAUGCUGGAUCACUGUAGUGUGGCACAUUUUUACAUGUAUAUAUGAGUCUACUGUUGCGGCAGCUUAUGACAGCACUGCUAUUACUAUAAUGGUAUAUUUUGAAUGUAAAUUAAGUUUGUUGAGGAUAAGGUGUACAGAAAUGUUGGGCAUAAACGGCCAGAGGUUUUCUGACCAGGACGCUGAAAUCACUAUCCGUCAACUUCACGAUAUACACAUAAAAGUAAUAAAAUACUCGAGAUUAUUCAAUUCCGUAUUCUCGCCAGUAAUGUUCUUUUACUUAUUAAAUUGUUCGCUGAUGCUUUGCGCUAGUGGAUAUCAGCUGACAUCGUCAACAAACACAGCACAGAAGCUUCUUUUGGGAGAAUACUUAGUUUUCGGAGUGUCACAACUUUUUGUAUUCUGCUGGCACAGCAAUAAAGUGCUCAUUAAGAACGAGAAUCUCAUGUACGGCCCUUUUGAGAGCAACUGGUGUUCGACCAGCGUCAAGCAGAGGAAAUAUGUAUUGUUCCUGAGCGUUACAUUUUUGAGCCUUGUUCCCGUUACUAAUAUUGCUAUGGAAAACCAAAAUUCUCAAGAGAAAUCCGCUCCGAUUCAGUAUGUUCGCGGAUCACGGGCUUUCCGACAGUUCAAAAAUCCACCGCAACCUCAUAUGUGCAUUCAAGAUACAAUAAAAGAUACGUCGGAGAAAUUAUUCAUAAAUGUGCUAGGAUGGCAAAAGAUAGCUAAUCCCAAACAGUACUCGGAUCCUAUACCGUUAUAUGGUGGUAUGCAGGUACCCCAAGGUUGUGGACCGAAUAGCAAUAAGCCUCCACUGCUCGUAUUUGCAGUUAUGGUGAAUCCUGAUAUUUUGAAAGCCAAUGGAAAAAAUGCAGUUAAUCACACAGAUAGAGAAGCACUUGUUAGCCUUCUCUGUGACUUUGUUGAAGCGAUGAAUCCAGGGUUGUUACUCGGUCGAAACCCUGUCAUCUUGAAGGACCGGGAUCUAGCUGGCGAGUUGAAGGAUGUGUGGCUUGCGGUCCAGAACAAACGGGAACGGGAAAAGGGAAUGAAUCAAGAUGUAAUGUAUAAGGUUUAUGACAUUGAUGGCAUCGGCAGCGAUGAAAUUGAUGAUGACAAAAUUAGAAAUGACAAUUGCUCUCCCAAUAGAGCAGCAGGCAAUGAGAAGAAGAACAUUGUUAAGUCUUCUAAGCAGAUACUCCUGAAUGCCGGUCAGAAAUCUGAAUUUGAUUCAGGUAUGAACAACUGUCAAAUAAGUCAAAACCAUCCUAGCAGAGACAACAGAUGUGGGAGUAACGAUACGACGUAUUGUACUCCGGUCUAUGGCCAAAUAGUGUCAUCCAGAGAGAAUCAUAAUCAGAUUAAUGACAUACAGCAGAAAUUCUCAUCGAACGAAACAACAAAGCCAUCGAGUUCGUUCCGGAAAGAUUGGAAUCCUGUACACGGAAAAACAACUGAGGGUUGGGACGAGUUUUCCAAACGCAACAUAUCGUCUAUAAGUAGCGAAGGUGAUGUAAAGAAGCAGAAGGUGAAAAAUGAAAAGUCGAGUAAAGAAAUGAGCAAUGGUAAGUCUCAUUAUGAUUUCUUUCCAGUUUUCGACAAUAAAACUGUUGAAUCCGAAGGCGUGGUAGGUAACAGGGGUACCGUUAGAGAUACACCAGGUAAAGUGUGUAGAGACCAAGACAUGAGGAAUGAAGACAAUUCUAAAAUAAUAUUAGACUCAAUGCAGAAACUAGUUCUGCAUGCGACUGAUAACAAAAUAUGUGAUAAUAAGACAAGUGCUCUCAACACAUUAAGCUCAUAAUUGUAAAGCUUCUAAUAAUUUUUGUAUGGCAGUUGAAAAUAAUUAUGUAUUGCUUAUAUGCUGUUCAUGGGGUAUGUAUACAUAUUGAGGUUUGACAUAGCAAUCAGUAAUCUUACUAGUCAAAUUUAUUUCUGAUUAUAAUUUAAUACAGUUUGGUAUGAAUUCUAUGAGCUGUUUAUUGUAAUUUCCUAUAGGUAUUUUAAUAUUUCAAUCGUAAACGACAAGUUUAAUGAACAAUUUUUUUAAUAUGACCAAUUCUUUAGGUGUGGAUGUCUAUAAAGGGUAUCUAGAUCCAGAUGCUACUAAUUGUAUAUUGUUUGUAGUAUAAUUUACAAAUGAGUGUAUGAUCAUAUACUAUCACAAACAAACACCAAAAAAAAAAAAAUUCGUAAGUAAUAAUUAUUAUUUUAGUAUAGAUAUGUUUUAUAUUUUUAAUUGGCCAAUUUCCAAUAAGUUGUGACUGCUAUUGCAAUAUUUGUUAGGAGUAGGUAAUAUCUGGAUUUAGUACACUGUAAACACUGUGUGAAUGCGUGGAGCAUAGAUUAUAAAUGGUUGUGCGUUGUAAUAGUAUGUUUAGAGCGCAAUUGAACGAAGCGGCCACGCCGCCAAGCAUAUUGCUAUUGAUUAUAAUGCAUAAAAGAUUAAAAAUAAUUUUUGUAUUGAUACAUUGUUGCCAAUUUUUAAACGUAAAUUAAUUACAUAUUGUCAAUGUUUGAUAAUUAUUUGGAAAAUUUUAAAUUGUAUUUGCUCAUUUCUAAAUUAAUAAAAAUUGUUUUAUCAACAAUAUGAAAUUUAUAUUUGUAUUUGUAAUAUGAUCUCAAGAAGUGAUAAUUCUUAAUUAGGAAAUAUCGUUCACUGCCAAACUACACUCAAAUGGGCGGUUGCUUCAAUUGAAACUUAUCUCAUAAUACACAAAAACUUUUGAAAUACAUAAUUCUUUCAAAUUUAAUCUACAUUGUAUUAUUUAUACAAUAGAAUACCAAUUACCAGAACCAAUACAAUAUGUCCAACAACAAAUAACAAAUGGUAUUGGCCCUUGCUUGUUAUAUCGUCAUGGUUGUAGAAUACUGACGGAUCUGACAAAUAUUACAUAUAUAGAUCCAUCAGUAUUCUACGACUAUGACGAUAUUUUAAACAAACAUGGUUCACAUCAUUCGAUCUAUUGGAUCCCAAACUUUUUGUAGCUGUUAAUGUUCUUGAUCGUUGAGUUAUUUUUUUGUAUUACAGUUGUUGAGUUAUUAAAUUAGUGGUGAAGAUUUUGAGAUCAAGUUCUAGUGAAACAACCGCCGAAUUAAUAUCUUUCACAUAUUAUUAAUGUAGUUUAGUUUUUACAUAAUGGAAAACACUCUUCUUAAAUCUCGAAUUGUUGGUAGACGUAACCAAAUAGUAUAUAGGUUUUAUAACCAUUUGAUUAUUUAACAUAUAUAAUCCAGUCCCAUAUAAUUUAGUAUCGCUGUGCAAUGGUUUGGUUCUUUACAUUAUCAUAGCUAUAUAUUGGUUAUUCUGUUCCUAGUAUUAUUAUUAUUUUAGUGUAUUUUUUUUAUAUAGAUUAUAAAGAUUUCAUUAUGAAAUGAAGAAAUCGAAGUAUUGAUUGGUUUAUUUUUAUGGUAAAUGUACCAAGGUUAUAUUGAACAAACCUGUAUUAAUUUUUAGAAUAUAGAACAAACUCAUACAAAUAGACAACUUGAUUGGAUUCCUCGGUAUCUGGCCACGGUGUGUGUCUCUGAGCUCGAGUCUGCACGUUCCUCCACCUUCGAGUUAGUUCUAUAUUGUAAGAUUUAAUCUUACACGUUAACGUGUAUAAUUAAUUGUCAUUUACUGCAUUUAUUUUCCUACAAAGUUCUUGUAUAUAUUUUUUGAAGUGCUCCUUUAUAGUAUAGUUUGCUAAUUUCAAGUGAAAAAGUAUUUUUUAACUUUGAUGUUUACAUAGUUUUAGAUAGGCGUAUUGUUUUUUACAAUUGGACAGUGAUCAAAAUGAAUUAUAAAUUUGUAUUCAAUAAGUUCCUUUAAUUUGCAGCACGAAUCUAAUAAAAAAAUUUAAUGACAGCUGAACAGAAUGUAUAUUUGUUAUAAAAUGAGAUUAAUCAUUUAAUUGAUUUUUUUUAUACCACUGAGGUGGCAAACAAGCAUACGGCCCACCUGAUGGUAAGUGGUUACCGUAGCCUAUGAACACCUGCAAUACCAGAGGCAUUACACGUGCGUUGCCGACCCUGAAGAAACCUCUUUACCCCCCUUUGAUUAUAAUAAUUAUUAGAGUAAAAUAAAGCUUGAUCAAAAAAACAAAUUGCCAUGUUGCGGAAUAUAGCAGAUUCAGGUGGUACGUUGUUUGCCACUUCCGCGGUAUAAAAAAGCUAUAUUCAAACUUUUUUUUCUGUUGUGUAAAUAUUCACUGAAAAAAAUGUUUUAUAAUUUAUAUUUUUAUUGUUAUAACUUCUCAUUUUUUAAAAACACAAAUUCAUUUCUAGUAGAACUUAGUACUUUUAUAUAAUGCAACUUGUUUAUACAGAUGAAAUGACAUACCGCCAAAAAUUCACAGACUUCGAUAAGAAAAAAAAAAACGCAAGUCAGUGUUGCAUUCAUGUAUUGAGAUGUACAGUCAUGGACAAUUGAGAGAUAUUUGAAUUCCAGACAAACUAUCAUACUGAAGACUAGGCAGCAUGGUCUCCGACCUUAGCCUGUUCCAUAAUGGAACAAACGUACUAAAAAA